CAGAAAACGGAGGAGAGUGGUGGUUAGGAGAAUUCUUCGGAGCGUUAAAGGGACUCCGGCGGAGCGGCGCUGUGGCGGCGCUGUCCCGUGCCCCGCUUCCCCUUCCGGCCGGCAGCUCCUCCCCUUCCUUCCUUCCCGCCGCGGCGCGCGCGUUCCAAAGGCGGCGGGAGGCUGUCCUGAGGGGCCGGGCCGGCGGGGACGGGCUUGUACCGCUUCUGAAGUGAGCUGAGCGUAAUAGCUUGAAGCAACAAAGAAUAGUUUGAGCGUUUACUGAACAGCGAAAUGUCCUCAAAGAAGAAAAUAAAGAAGAAUCGUACCAGCUAUAAGCCAGAGGAGCACAAAGCCAACUCCAAUCUUCGCUGGAAAUCGCUUCCACUUGAGGAACCGGAUGUCUCAAGGAUAUUGAAGGUAGCAGAAACAAAUCAACUUGAGGAGCUUGAUGAUUCCUUUGAUCACCCUUUGCACAGUACUGCUGUGGAUGCUUAUGGAGAGGAACAUUCACAAAACGAGGCACUCAGUCGUGUUUCAGCACCACAAAGGCAAAAUACAGACAGACGUAAAAAACGGCGUCACUCAAAGCCCUCCAAUGGUGAUGUUCAGGAAUUCAACACAGCUGAUGCUGAAGAGGAACCCCUUAAGGAGACUGUGAAAACUCUGAAGACUACUCAAUUGCAGGAAAAAAAGGAGCAGUCUUCAGAGGAGAGCACAUCAGAUCCUUCUGUGGAUACCCCACAUUCUGUACAGGUUUGGUGUCCCAAAGGGCUGAAGAGAUCUCCUAGAGACAUUACAGAACUGGAUGUUGUUCUGGCUGAAGUUGAGAAGAUAGCAGCAAACUACAGACAAAGCAUAGAAUCAAACAUUUGCAGAAAGGCUAUAAGUGACUUUUCUUCUGCUUUCAAGGAUCAAAUCACUGAUCUUAUAGCAGGAGUCCAGGAAUUAAAGAAUAUGAAGAAAAAAAAUGCUAAGGCAAUAACCAACAUCAAAAAGAAAAGGCAGCAACUGGUGCAAGUCAGAGAAGAGCUAAUUGGAGCUGAACCGCAACUGACACAACUACAAAGAGAAUAUGCUGAGUUACAGGAAAGGAAAUCUUCCUUGAGGCAAACAAUUGAAUUAAUUACUGAUCUAAAGGAGCUACAGCAAGACUGUUUGGAUUAUAGAGAAGAAAACCCCAAACAAAAAGUGUUAUAUGGAACUUCCAGCCUCCCUGCUCUUCUGGUGGAAUCUCGGAGAAUUCUAGGAGCAGAAAGGCACUUUGAGAGUAUCAAUAUAAAACUUGAAGAGGCUCUGGCUGUACAAAAAGAGAAAUCAAAGAAAAAUUAAGUGUCCUUUUAAGACUUUCAGACAUUCAGUAGGAACAGUUAUUAGAAUUGUCAGUGCUUAAAGCUUGUUUAAUCAUUGUUAUUCUGUUUUGUUUCAGCAUUUAAAAGAAGUCAGCAACUUAGAGAUUUUUUUUCUUGUCAAAUAGUCUCACAAUAUCAAUGAAAGGAAAUAGUCAUCACAGUUAAUAAAACUUCUGUACUCUGAACAAUGUUGGGUGUUAAUCUUGUAUUAAAGUAAUCUUGAGAAGAAUAUAUUCAUAAAGAGAACACAGACUCUGGUUCAUCAAAGAUGAAUAAACAAAGAUUUUUAUUAAAUUGGUAUUUGAAAUAAAUUAUUUAAUCUUGUUUAUGGAAAUAAGAAGUCUGUUUUGUUGGGUCCUCAAUAAAACUUGGACAUACAACUAACAAAACAGAAACUGUACAGCAAAGAGCGUUAAAAGUGCUAAGCUUGGAGCAGCAUUCGUAAUGAGUAUUUUAGUCCAGUUCUCUUCAGCCCCCACGUAACCUUCCAUUAUCUCCUCAUGCCUGCUGAAGUUCACCCAGGCACUCCGUUCUUUGUCCUGCAGCUCUGGAGCAGUGCCUGUGAGCCACCCUGCAGGACCUUUCACACUAGCAUGAGCCACACAAGUGUCAUCCACUGCUGGCCAGGCCUGUGCUUAGCUGCCUUCUUUAGUGUAGAGGUCUUCUUUCCUUAAAGCUUCCAAAAGAACUUCAUCUGGGAUUUCUUCCAUGGCAUAAUUCAGACUGUCAUCUGCAGCUUCCGCUAGUUCCACAUCUUCAGCAGCUUCUAGGAAACAGACAUCAUCACUUGUGUUUUCCCACUCACUGUCUGACAACAGGAAGUCUUGAGACCAGCUGUUCUCUGGGGAUACUGAGCUUUUUGACAAGUCUGACACAUUAGAAUGUGGAUGUACUUUUCCUUCUGUGUGCCCCCUGUCAUCCAUUAGCAUGGACUCUUCUUCCUUUGAGAAACAAGAACACUACUUAUUUCAUAUACAAAUACUCUUGAUACCUUCAACUGCUCUGCAAGUUUGGAGUUUGUGCUGUCACACAGAAUGGACACUGCAGAAAGCUGGCCAACACUACAAGAUUCUACAGCAUAUUCAUAUAUAGCCACAUUAAUGUGUGGAAGCCUAUUUUAAUAGGAGUAGAAAUCCACUGUUUUUCUAGCACCCUACAAGUAGCCUGUUGAAUACACUUCAUAAAAUAAUACAAGGUUAAGACUAACUUAAGUGUUUGUUCAAAGAUACUGUCAGGACCUGAAAAUACAGUUAAAUGACAUUUUCUGAAAAUUAAUAGCUAUUGAUGAACUGCUUGAGUAGAGCUUAACGUGCCAUUCUGCUGUAUGAUAUUUAGAGCUGUGUAGUUAAAUUUAAAAGUUGAAAAAAUACCAAUUCUUAUUGCCUAAGCACUGGAAAAACUUGUCUGUUCAGGGAGUUCACCUAGAGUCUAGGUGCAGGAUCAGGUCAGUUUAAAUAUUCUGUCUGUCUGGGGAAAUCUGCUGCUUUAGUACACUGCAGUGGAGAUAAAUGAAUUUCAGAAAUGAGAGCUGCUGCCUUACAUUUGACUCUGACUGACUCCAGUGUUCCAGAACCAGUUCUGUUUUACCUUGCAUGAAGUCAGACAUGCACAGCAGAGCUAAACUUGGGCAGUUUCUCUGUUCUGCACCUGGAGUGACCUUGUGGCUUAGACACUGGGAACUGCUGUUCACAUCAGAACAGAAAGUCCCAGGUGAAGUCACACAAUUCCAGUAACUUAGCAUU